AUGGAUCCUCCAAGCAUCCCCGACAAUCGUCCUCACAGACAAGCCAUGCCCCAUACCAUGAACGACAUGGACGGUCCAGCUUUCAGAGGCUCAGCACAAAAUUCCUUGCGGUCGCAUUCACCAGCUGGACAGGCCUUUGAACCCCAGGCUUUUGGUCAACCCGCGAUCGGGCGACCGCCAAUGACCCCGCGACAGCGAUCCAUGCAAUCGAGAGCCCCGUCACGACCACAGAGCUCGCUGAGCGCCUACCAACACGGCGCCAAUGGCAGCAAUGGUUCCAAUAACACCAAUGGCAACGGAUACCCCGGUGAACAGCCCGGCCGGAAACAAUCCAUUGAUCAGGCAUCCAUCGCAGAAUCAAACGCGACCCUGGACCUCGGCUACCAUUCGAUCGGCCAGCCGCAAGCACCACCGCGCAGCCCAAGACGCCUCUCAACCUCUAGCAAAACCUUCGAUCAAAGAUCUCUCAGUGCGCUCUCUCUAGAUCAAGAAUCAGUGGGAAAUCAAUCUCUAGGCCAUCAUUCCAUCGGCGGCCCACCGGGCGGCCACUACUCAUCUCCAUCAUCCCCGAACGGUCUACACCCAACCACGUCAAGCAGAUCACUUCGACGAAACUUUGUGGUCAAUGAACUUCCGGUCCUCCAACAAACCAAUCCAAAUGAAGGCUCCGACCAAUUUAAUCCCAUCAUCGAAGAAAAUGAAGAAGCAUCCUACGACCUGGUCGCGCCCUAUGAGGGCGAUGCAGCACCCCUCCACACCCUGGAACGCCAGGCAGAUUUGAUGUUCUGUAGGGAGCAUAUGCUAGCCAUUUUGAACAACCCUCGAUGGCUCGCGCGAUUCCGCGAAUUCCUCGCACAAGAGCGCCCAGGGGCAUUUUCGACACUGACAUAUUAUCUAAACGCCUCGAAGUCCUUGAAAGCAAUUGAAUAUGCGAAUGCGCUGGUCCGAUUGGCUGUUGAUGUGCCAACUGCCGGAAUUGAAACUGCCGAGCAGCCUGUUGGUCCGACGGUGAACAUGGCGCUUGAAAAGCGCGUGCAAGUCGCGCUGGAUGCCCUGACCGCCGAAGAAUUGCCGGCAUUCAUCACGGCAACUUGUAUCAAUAUCACCGGUAAGGUGGUCGAGGAACGGGUGCGCGGCACUCUCCCCGAUAAGUUCCAGGGAACCGCAGAUGCCCUGGCAGAGGUGUUCUGUUUGACAGAUCCUUCCAGACCGGAUAAUCCCAUCAUCUUUGCUUCUCAAGAAUUUCACCGAACGACACAAUACGGUAUGGACUAUGUCCUAGGCCGAAACUGUCGUUUCUUGCAAGGCCCGAAAACAAACCCCAACAGCGUGCGGCGUAUUCGCGAGGCACUGAAAGCUGGGCGUCAUCACUCCGAGCUCUUCCUCAACUAUCGCCGUGACGGAUCCCCAUUCAUGAACCUCCUUCAAAUGGCCCCUCUCUGCGACAGCCGCGGAAACAUCCGCUACUUCAUCGGUGCUCAAAUUGACGUCUCCGGUCUCGCAAUGGAAGGCGCCCAGAUGGAAUCUCUCCAAAACAUUCAGGCGCAAAAAGAGAACCCAGAAACCGAAGAUCUUGCCCCCAAAGAGUCCAAGUCCGAAUUCCAGGAACUCGGCGAACUCUUCAGUCCACGUGAAUUGCAAAAUGUCCGCGAACACGGCGGAAACCUCUUCCAACCGAUCGUCAAUGAAGACCCCAACCACCGUCUCUUCCUUCAAGACUCAGAUACGGAAAGCGAACACCACGCACCAUCAUCACACAGACAUACGCUUGUCCCCGAGCCUAGCGCCGGCUUGUCUCUGACAGGCGUUUAUAGAAACUUCCUUCUCGUCCGCCCAUACCCCUCCCUUCGCAUCCUUUUCACAUCGCCUUCUCUUCAAAUCCCCGGCAUGCUUCAGUCCUCCUUCUUGAACCGUAUUGGAGAGUCGGGUGUGAAGCGCGAUAACAUUCUCAGUGCCAUGAUGGCCGGUCGCAGUGUUACGGCGCGCAUCAAGUGGGUUACGAAGUUCAGCAGUGAUCAGGGUCGGAAUCGGUGGAUUCACUGUACGCCUUUGUUGGCGAAUAACGGGGAGAUUGGUGUCUGGAUGGUUGUUGUCAUUGAUGAUGAUGAGCAUGAGUCUGUUAGGUGGCAUGGGAAUUACCCGACCACUUACUAG